AUGGCUUUGUCUAAACAGGAAGAAGUUAUUUCAUUCAGUGUUUGCCCAGACCGGAUCCAGGGCAUUAUUGAUAAAGAGUUCAUGCCACUGAUUGGUCAGCGUCAGAAUCAAUCAGAAGAGAAGCUCAAGGCGAUGAACGACCAUUUUGAACGCUGGGCCAAGAGGGCGGCUGUGGUCAGUAAAGUGCUGUUUAAGAUCUCCAAAGAAGCUGCAUGUAUGUGGGAGGCCCACAGCGCAAAUCUGCAGAAGAGGGAGGAGCAAUUACUGCUCCAGCUCAGCAAAAUAGAUGAAGACCACCAGCGUAAGAUCAAGAAGAAAGAGGCCACCCUGGAUAAGCUGGUGGAAAAGAUGAGGCAAGAAAGCUCUGAGAAAACCUUGGAUGUCCUGAUGAGGAACACACUUUACCCCUUGACAGAGAUGAAACUAGGGUACAUCAGCUUCUUUCAUCAGAAGGAGAAGAUGGUGAAGCGUUACCCUGGUCUUGUCCUGGAGGAGCUAAACGCCUACAGCAUGGCCGAUACUAAGGAGCUCCUCAAGGGUUUUCCACUGAUGAGCACUGGAUUUGUUUCAGAGGCAUAUGCCAUCUUUACACUGAUUGUAGAUGCUGAAAAGCCUGGUGGGAGAACUCCAGUGGUCGGGCAAAGGGAUGCUGACAGCCAACUGUUAGAGGAUGCAAGGGAUACCUUCACAACCUCCCAGGGAAAUGCAUACCACCUGACAAGCCGUGGGCCGCAGUGGCCAGAAGAGGAACAUGAGGUUUCUUCUCCCGAGAUGGAGUUAGUGGCAUAUUCCAGCAGUUUGCUAGACGAGCUGCAUAAAGAGUUACGUCUUGCUUUCUUCAACCACCUUGAAGGAUGGUUCCAUACAGCACUAACCAAAGCGCUCAACACUGUUGAGACCCAGAAUGAAGAACUGAAAGCUGAGCUCAACCAGCGUCUCACCCUCCGCAAGUUGCGUGCCAAGAGUGUAAAGAAUGAUGUGCACAAUGUCCGCGUUGCCGAGUUAGCACAACACCACGCUGACAUAAAGCAGCACUGUGACAGCGUCCUCCUGGAUCUGGACCAGACCGUGACCCACCUGGAGAACUUGAAAGCUGAACAGAGCAAUCGAGCGGCAGACUUCCAGGCUGAGGUCCACAGGAUGGAAAGUGGCUUCUUCUCUGCCACUAGCUCUAAAAUCCUGGAUGAUCUGGUUGGUGGUCUACACUCACGGCUGGAUGAGCAGCAGACCCUCAUCAAGACAUCACAUAGGCAGUUCCGAGAAGAUAUGCAGUCAAAAUUGGACAGCCUGAGGGAGGCGAAUGAUGACUUCAGUAAAUCUUUCAAGUUGUUUUCUGAAGGGGGGAACUUUGCACCCGAGGAGGUUGAGACAUAUCAGAAAUGCCUGGAUGAGGUGGCAAAGCAAAUUGACUGUACAGAGGAGAAACUUGCAUCGGAACUGGAGAAGAGUGAGAACAAGCGUCUGGAAACGGCGAAAAAUUUUGUUCAGAAAUUUGAAAACAAACACCAAUUUUUGGUGCAAGGUCUGAAAUUACUUGAAAGCUUAAAGAGAGUACCUCCCAAAACACAAAUCCAGAUUAAGACUGAGGAAGGAAUGAGUUCCAUGCAGAGCAAAAAACUCGAUAACAUGCUGAACGAGUUGCAGAGGAUAAUAGAUGCAUACGCUGCACCCAUUCUUGACGAGGGGGCUAUGAAACCAGAGGACAUUAUUUCCUUUGUGUCUUCGGUCACUGAAGAACUGAAAAAGAGGGGCCACUAUCUGGACUGGCCGCCGGAUCCUCCCCAGAAGCCAUCUACUAAGACCACAUCCUUCCUGACCCGCAGGCUGGUCCACCAGAGCAGGGUGCUACAGGGGGGAAAAGUGCUGGAUAUGAUCCAAGGACUCUUGAGAAUGAGCAAGGAGAACAUGAACAAGGACAACGUGACUCAGGAUGGCAUGAGCAAGGACACCGUGAUCAUGGACGGCAUGACUAAGGACAACGUGAGCAAGGAUGGCGUGGGGCAGGAGGGCACAAGUAAGGACAGUGUGAUCAAAGACGGCAUAAGCAAAGACAGCAUGAGUCAGGAUGGCACGAGUAAGGACAUCGUGAGUCAGGAGACACGCGCAGAGCCAGCAGACAGAGGCUCGACUGCAGGGACAGCAGGGGUCCACUUGUCCGUGAUGAUAUCAGCCAGUCAGCAAGAAGGGGUCCAGAGCAACUCCAAACUGUCAGCAUCUGAGUCCACCAGAAAGACAUGGGAAGACACCACUGACUCCGAGAGAGUGAAGACGUUCCCCAGACCCACUCAGUUAAGCAGGACAUUUCUGGAUUUUGGAUCCAAACCUGGCGAUGAGGACAUCACCACAUUUAAAGGCUCGAUGGCAAGAAUUUUCCGGAAGGCAAAUGAUCUUAAGCUCCAGCUAACCAAGGAGUUCAACAGGAAGAUGUGCCAGAUCCCUCAACAACAAAUCCUGCAGGACCGAUUUGAGACGUAUGUGGAGAAAGCGAAUCAGAGCCUGCAGGUCUACUACAGCCAAGUGCUAGAGUACUGUUGCGAGUCUCAGCAAGAGUUCUGGAAACAGCUGCAAAGCUUUGAGGAGCGCUUGGCUCAGCUAGCAGAGCUUCUCGUCUCCCACCUGGGGAGGGAGCACUUGAGGGUCCUGGCCACAGAAUCUGGCCGUCUCAGAGACCAGCUGCGGCUUGCGCUGCAGAACAGCAAGGACAGCAAGGACGAGCACAGCCGACAGCUGCGGAUGUGGUUGGGUUAUCUCGACUACGAGAGAGAGCUGGAGAAGCUGAACGCUGCCGAAGAAGAGCGGCAGCAGGAGCUAACCAGCACCAUCGACAGUUUUGAGCUGGAAAUGCAGGCAUCUAUGAAGCAACACGGGGAUGAGUUUGUGACAGAGCUCGGCUCGCUGACCCAGAACUUGCUCUGGCAAUUUGAUGGUCUGCUGACAGCUAAUGAAUUCCACGGCAGACAGCCCGUGGAGACGGUCACUACCUUGAUACGGCGCAAACAAGCCGAAGGUCUGGAUGGGAACUUGCACAUAGGCAGAAGAACCUGGCCUGGGCUUCGCUACCUGGAACCCGAGGGCCAUAUGAUUCCAAUCCUUCAACCCCACAAAAGCACUGCCUCCAUCACAGCUGUGAAGACCACACUGGGUCACUGCAGGGCUAUGGAGGCCCGGGAUGCUGCGUACCAGCUGUACCAGCGGCGGUACCACGAGGAGCUGGUGGAGAUCCAGGAGGAGAUCCGGACGCAGAGGAAACAGUCCCAGCACUGGGAGCAGUACUGGCGGGACUCGCUGCGGACUGCCAAACUCCUCCACACUGGAGAAGCGUAGGACGCGUUUCUCUCCUCAUAGCCAGCAGAUGUGAUUUUCAGGGAGGCGACCCUGCAAACUAAAAGUUCCCCGUUUGAACUCCCGCCCCGCUGUAGUACCCUUGAUCAUGCAACAUAUCCUGAAUCGAUGCAGUAAGAAUAUAUUGACGAAUAAACGGAUAACUCAUCGUCAAGUUGAUUAACACUGCAAGUUUCCUUGGACAAAUUUGCAUAAAAUAAGGCUAAUAAUAAAGAUAUACUGCCACAUUUAGAAGGGCUGCAUCGUGUCUUUUGACAGAGUGCACACCAAAGCAUAGAUGCAGCUUGCGACCACUGAGCAAUUCAGACAGGUUUACAUAGCUCAACGAGGUGUACUGGUGUAGUAAUAUGAAACCCUUUCCAGGCCGAAGUAUUUCGGCACACGGA